CCUCCUUCUAGGUCUCCCUGGAAUUCUGCAUUGGUCGUUUCUAUGUUGAGGUGAAAGAAUGGGAUGACAACGGUGUGGAAAGAAUGAAAACCUAUCGGAGGCAGAAACGAGAAUGGAUUAAAUUUGCAGCAGCCUGUAGAGAAGAAGAAGAUAAUUCAAAGAGAAAUCCAAUUGCCAGAAUCCGAUCAGAUUGUGAAGAAACACAACCAAUUAUAUAUCGAAUAUCUGGAGAAGGGAUUGAUCAACAUCCUUUUGGCAUUUUUGUCAUCAAUCAAAAAACUGGUGAAAUUAACAUAACAAAAAUAGUAGAUCGGGAGGCAAAUCCAAUAUUUACUAUUAUUUGUCAUGCUGUAAAUCCUGUGACUGGACAAUCAGUGGAAAACCCACUUAUGCUUCGAGUUCGGGUUCUGGAUAUAAAUGACAAUCAUCCAGUAUUUACACAGACAAUGUUUGCAGGCUCAAUAGUAGAGAGCAGCAUGGAAAACACUUUGGUGAUGAAAAUAACAGCUACAGAUGCUGAUGAGCCAAAUAACCUUAAUUCUAAAAUUGCUUACAAGAUUUUGAGUCAGACUCCUGGAGGCCCACCAAAGUUUAUUUUGAAUGCUGCAAAUGGAGAACUUCACAUUGCAAAUAUCCUUGAUAGAGAGGAAGCUGGCCAAUAUUCUCUGGUUGUGCAAGCCACAGAUAGGGAUGGAGGUCCAGAUGGAAUAUCAUCUGAAUGUUUGUGUCAGGUUACUGUUGAAGAUGUAAAUGAUAACUUUCCAGUUCUUUCACAGAGUUCGUAUUCAGUAACAAUCAUAGAAAACUCCCUCAGUCCAGAACUGUUGAGGAUAAAAGUUGAAGAUGCAGAUCUAGCAAUGUCAGAUAACUGGUUUGCUGAAUUUUUCUUUAUCUCUGGAAAUGAAAACAACCACUUUGAAAUAGUACUUGACCAAGGAACUAAUGAGGGUAUCCUGAGGGUGGUAAAGGAAAUUGAUUAUGAACAAUUUUCAAGCAUACCUCUGAGCAUUGGUGUACGGAACAUAGCUCCUUUCCACUAUUCAGUGGCUUCCCAGUAUCAAGCUCAUGGUACCCCAAUUGUCGUACAAAUAAACAAUGUAAUAGAAGGACCAGGUUUUGAUCCAACUACAAUAACUGUUACUGCAUCUGAAGGCUUAACAAGUGAAACUAUACAUACUUACAAAGUUGGACAAUUUCAAGCCAUUGAUCGGGAUACUGGAAGAGUUGCCACUAAUGUACGCUAUCAGAUGGGGCAUGAUCCUGCUGCCUGGUUUAAUGCUAACCCAACGACUGCUGAAAUCACCUUUAGCAAAGUGAUUGAUCGGGAGUCAAUCUAUGUAGUCAAUGGGGUAUACAAGGCAGAGAUACUUGCUAUUAGUAAAGACAGUCCUUACAAGACAGCUACUGGAACCAUUGUGCUUACUAUUGAAGAUGUCAAUGAUAACUGCCCAUUCGUGACUGAUGAAAUCAGAAGAGUUUGUAUGGACAAUCCGUCAGUAGUGAUCACAGCUAAAGAUCUUGAUGACCAUCCAUAUGGACCACCUUUUAAAUUCACCAUAGUGGCUCAGUCUCCAGGAAGUACAUGGAAUAUAAGAAUAGUGAAUGUGGUUCCAAUUCUGAUGUCACAGAGCAACUGUUGUGGCUAUUGUAGAUCUCGCCCAGUUGGUGGAGUUGGAGCUGGAUUUGAACCUGUGCCCGAAUGCACAGAAGGAGCUAUACAUUCAUGGGGAAUUGAAGGAGCACAGCCAGAAGAUCGGGAUGUUUCAAAUAUUUGUGGGCCAGGAGCAAUUAAAGGUGACUUUGGUGACUCCUCAGAUAUCUAUACAACUAAGUAUGAUGGAGGAAUGGUGAGCAGGGAAGAAACAACAGGACUCGGAGCAGUUAAAGGCUAUGUACCAACGGUAGGGUAUGAAACGACUACAGGCUAUGGAACGACAGGAAGAACAAAAGAAACCUUUGGAGGAACAAUAAAAGAAUACAGAGAAAGUGGAGUGAACAUGGCUUUCCUAGACAGUUACUUUUCUGAGAAAGCAUUUGCUUAUGCUGAUGAAGAUGAAGGCCGGCCCGCAAAUGAUUGUCUCCUUAUAUACGAUCAUGAAGGCAUAGGUACACCUGUUGGUUCUAUUGGCUGUUGCAGUUUUAUUGGAGAUGACUUGGAUGAUACCUAUCUGGAUACACUGGGACCUAAGUUUAAAACCUUGGCAGAAAUCUGCUUGGGUAUCGAAAUCGAGCCAUUCCCUGAUCCUAAUACACCUUGGCCAGCUCUGCCCAAUCCUGAAAUUGAUCUAAACCUACCACCACCUGGAACAACCAUUGUUGUCAAUACAUCUUCAUCUGUGCCUCCACCAACUAAUAUUGGUAGCACAACAGUUGUUACUGAAAACGCCUAUACAAGUACUUCCUCUGUACAGCCUCCAAGACCUGUGCCUGACCCUAUGUUCCAUGGUAACGUAGUGGUAACUGAGACAUACACAUCUGGGUCAACACUGAAGCCUCCCACAUUGAACAUGGAUCCUAUGCAUGGAUCAAAUGUUGUGGUGACAGAAAGGGUGCUUGCUCCUGCCCCAGUCACUGAUUUGCAUGGCAUGAUAGAUAUUCCUGACCUACCAGGUGGGUCAAAUGUAGUGGUCACAGAAAGGGUAAUUGCCCCAAAUGCAAGGAUACCUCCUUCCAUGACCAUUCCUGAUCUAUCUGAAGGGUCAAACGUAGUUGUGACAGAAAGAGUGAUUCGGCCUGCUACUAAUGUGCAGGGCAAUCUCAGCAUUCCUCCUGAAUUCUCAGGUGCACAUAAUGUGGUUGUUACUGAAAGAGUGAUGUCUGGGGCAGGAAUGAGCAGUGGAGUAGGCAAUAUGAGUAUGGUGUCCGGGACUGGAAUAAGUGGUGUUGGGGGUCUGGGUCCAAUGCUUAGCCCUGAUAAUCUCCUUAGCCAGACAGUGGGAUCAGCGUCCCCUGCUACAACUCGAAGGAGGGUAACAAAGUACAGCACUAUACAGUAUUCUAAUCAAUAAGGCUGUUUGCAGUUACACAUUGUUGAGAAACUUCUUGUUCUUUUUUAGAUUUGCCACCAAACCAUGUUUUUAUAUUUAUACAUAGCAAAGCACACUAGGAAAGAAAAAUGAAUUAUUCUUGUCUAAAAAAGAAUCUCAUAAAAGUAUCAAUUUCCAAAAGGAAACACAGAGACACUGGCAGUACAGGAAAAUUUUGAUACCUUGUGUUUUUGUCAAACAUGACAGUGCACUAAAUGCAGAUACUGGUUUUUUUUUUUUUUUUUUUUUUUUUUUUGUAUAUACUUGGUGCUGAAGAGCAUUAUUGGUCUACCACAUAGUCAUCCAGAGAGAGCACAAACUAUUUGCCUUCCUUAUUAUUAUUGCCAUUGAUAUCAUCUUCUUUUUUGCCAGCAUGACAACGAAAACUGCAUUCAAAGCAGCUUAAAAGAACAGCCUGGAACACUCACUGAUCUGUUUCCUUCAGUUCUGAAAUUGUUUACCCUGCUUUAUGGAGACAGCAUAGAUUUGUUCAAAGUACUAACUCCAUAUGUAACAAACAGUUCUGUUCCCUUGUAAAGCUCUCCAGGUGGUCAGCACAAACCAGCAGUGAGAGCAAAGUGACACCAGAACUGAGGGAAGACAGAACGCAAUAUACAGAGAUUUCAGAUAACUAAAGAAGAGCCUAUGUGAUUCUAUAGGUAGUUAAUACAAAAUACAUUUACAGUGACAACAUAUUUGUUUUGCAGUAGCGGGCUGCAUUUAGUAUCAUUUUAAACAGAAUGUUAUGUGUCAUAGGGAUUUCAUGAAUGGUGAGCUUUUUAAGUUAGCCACAGAUACUACCUUGAAUAUGAAACUCUUAGUUUUAUUACCGGUAAAUCUAUCACCAGUUUAUCAAAUUAUUCAGUGUCACAGGGCAGCUUUCUUUAGUAUGGUGUCUCCUCUAUCUGGCACAUAGGCAAAAAAGAAAAAGGAAAGGAAAGGAAUGGGGGGAAAGGGUUGGAUUGGUUUCAGUGAUUGGAUUGGUUUCAAAACACAACCACAGUAAUUGAUAGUACAAGAAGGGUUGAGGAUGUAAAUAAUAUUGGGUUUUACAAGCAAAAUUAAGUAUUAAAGGAUUUGUUUCUCUUUCCAGAAGCCCAUCCUGCUAAAUCUGUAUUUUCAUAGUAAUAUAAAAUCUCUGCUUUAAUGUCUGCUAUCACAUUUUAUAUGCUGCUGUAGAAUACUUAGAGCUGAAACUAGAGGUAAACCCUAUUGAAAUAAUUGGGCUUUAUGUAAAUGUAAACACAGAUCUCUCUCAGAGCAAGGAUCAGGUUGUACUGUAUACAUUCUUUCUAGGUUGCCUGCUGCUUUACCAGAUGCUUAAAAACACAAAGAAAAAAAAACAGACUACUGUAUAUCACUUAGGAUCCUAGGAGCUUCUUUAGGCCUGCCCAAAUGCUUGCAUGUAUACCUUAGAAAUAUUGGUUCCACUCUCACAUAUAGGAGACAAUAUCCUAUUAAUUCCAAAUAGGGUUUUCAAUGUGGUACAGGAUUCUAUUGUUGGAAAGGAACAAAUCCAAAGCCUGAUUGGGCAUGGAAAAAUAAAGUUCAGGCAGAGGUUGGAAAGAUAACUUUUUGUGGAACAACUCCUGCUGGCCUUGCUGACUAAAGGAUUCUGGGAGUUGUUUCCCCAAAUGUAAUUUUUUGCCAAAAAUACUUUUUUCCUGAGUUCUUAUAUUCUCUGAGUCUCUGAUCUACAUAUUUUAAUUAUGUACCACUGGUAAACUUAAAGACAGUGCAGACAACAUUUUCUAUACUGAAAUGCAGUCAUCAAACACAAGGAUAUUUUUGCAGCACUUUAUAAUAAUCAACUCCCUUUAGUUUUUAUAUACUCAGUUGUUUUUGUAGACAUCUAAAGAAAUUUAGGGAUUUUUGACUACUUCAGGCUGCUCCCUAUGUUCCAUUUUCCUAUUUCAUUUUUUUAAAAAUGUACAGUAUAUAGAGGGAAAUCAGGAAAAUGGCUAAAGAAGCACAUAGAUGUCAGAAUAAUCAUAAACAGAAAACUUGUUUCAAGCACAUUUAUAGAGAUCUUAUCUGUUGGUUGUAACUUUUGUUGCACUGCAGUCAGUCGCCUGUCUUUUCCACAUUAUAAUAUGAGUAAACUGCAAAAGCCCUUCGUUUCUGUGAAUAAUUCAGUUUCAGGUACUUGGAAUCCUGAAAGGGCAUAUCAGUUUUAUACCAGUUUAAAUAUAAUGGUUUCACUCAAAGAAUCCUAGAAAUUAUCAUUUCACAGUAGUCCUGAGAAUCUGACAUCCCUAGCUUCUGUCACAAAAUUAUAGUUCCAGAGAUUCCCCAUAUCAAUUGGAUUCAUAAGCUGAUAUACCAUAUAUGUUCUUUGUGUGUACAACUAUUCUCACUGUCAGUAACAAUUGCCAUAGUUGUUCUGUUUCUGCAUAUUCACCUGUAAACAUUUUCUCAUACUAUCAGAACAUUUAUGUUGGAUAAGAUCCAAAUGUAGUCAUAUUGAGAACAUACCCAAUGAAAUCAAUGAUAACAAACCUAAAUCUAAAGUUAUUUUAAUGGCUCAUAAAUAUGGCUAUAUUUUGGAGGAAAGAACUGGACAAAACCACCUCUGAUAUGUCUUGCCUUUAAAAAAAAUCCUAUAAAAUCCAUGAGGUAGCCAUAAGCCAAGAGGUAACUUGAAGGCACUUGCACACACACACACGGAUCUUAACCAUUAUAUUUAACCAUUAUAUUUAAAAGCUUUACUUGGCUGUUGGUCAUAAUUUGGUUAGAGGUAUAAAUGUUGAUUACCGUCGCUAUUGAGCAAACCAGCAAUUAAAUCCCAGAAUCAAAUGGAGUGCCAGUUAAUUUUUCCCAUGAAAAUGUCUUCAACAGUAUGAAAAGGACCUUCUACAAAUCUGCUGGAUUUAUGAUUUACUCCUGCUAGUGCAAAUGCUUUCCUUUCCCUAUGUUAAGUCAGCACAAAACCUAGUAAAAUAACCUUCACCAAGAAUUUAUAUUGUACACAUACAUUAUAAUAAACAUUACCAUAUACACAUAUUUUUAAAAAAAAUAUGUACUUCAUUGUGUAAAACAUUAUAUGCUGUUGAAAAUAUUAAGAUUUCCAUCUACCAUGGCUGUAAUUUGCAGUGUCGAACUAUUUUUUCCUUUAUGUUUAUGGAAAUGAAUUUUAUAUUAUAA